AAGAUGAUCCUCACGCAGUGCGCCGUCUGCGCCACCGAGCUUGGCUUAUCCUUGGGCAAGAAAUGCGGCCGCUGCAGCACACGCUACUGCGGGGCAGCCUGCCAGGAGCAGCACUGGAAAGAGGGCGGCCACGACACGCUCUGCAAGAAGAUUAAAAAGGCUGGUGGCGCAGAGCAAUACAACGCGAAUAAGAAGUACGCGGAGGCCGUAUCGGUCGCAACGGAGGCGUGCGCAGAGGACACGAAGGGCCAGACGUGCUACAUCUGCACCCAAGCCCUCCAUUGGAAGACGAAGGAGGGCCUCGUGCGCGGGUGCUCGUGCCGUGGGACCGCUGGUUUCGCGCACGUGUCGUGUCUGGCAGAGCAGGCGAAGAUUUUGAUGGCCGAGGCCGAGGAGAACAAUUUGGGCGCGAAGGCGUUGAAUGCGAGGUUCGGGCGGUGGUACGCGUGCAGCCUCUGCGAGCAAGAUUACCACGGCGUCGUGGCGUGCGCGCUCAGCUGGGCGUGCUGGAAGACGUACUUGGGGCGACCGAAGGCGGACCACAUUAGGCGGGUGGCGUUGACGCAGCUCGGGAACGGUUUAUCCGACGCACGACACCACUUGGACGCAUUAUCUGUCAGAAAGACCGAUUUGUUAAUGCUGCGGUGCCUUGGCGCACCAGAAGAAAACGUGCUCGCCGCGCAGGGCAAUCUUGCGAGCACGUAUCAAUCGCUUGGACGAUUUGAAGAGGCCCUGUCCAUGCGACGAGACGUAUACUCCGGACGUCUGAAACUCAAUGGUGAGGAACAUGAAUAUACUCUCGUAGCAGCCAACGGCUACGCGUUGAGUCUGAAGCAGCUAAAUCGCUUCAAAGAAGUCAAGUCGGUGCUGCGCAAGACAAUGCCCGUGGCGCGGCGCGUUCUCGGGGAGAAUCAUGAUCGCACGCUCAAGAUGAGGACGACUUACGCGAGGGCACUCUACGAGGACCCCGGCGCCACGCUCGACGAUCUCCGCGAAGCCGUGACGACGCUUGAAGAGCCGGAACAGACCGCGCGGCGCGUGUUUGGCGGCGCGCACCCGCUCACAGCGGGGAUUGAGGGAACUUUGCGAAAAGCGCGAGCCGCGCUCCGCGCCCGCGAGACGCCGUCGGGGAGCGCCUAA